AUGGCACUUUCUCAGAAGCUUGUCCAGCAUUACAUAUCCUCUCUAAAGCCCUAUGGACUCAACCACCGAGUCAGCGCCCUCUCCGCCCUCUGUCUGCUACUUAGAGACAGCCAGCCCCUUUCCCGCUUCCAGCAUUCUGCACCCACUCAGGCAGACCCUGACAGCUUCCAAAAGCCAGCCCUCGAGCAGACUCCCCCAGGAGAACGUCUAGAGGUCACUCAGUCCUGGACGGCAGAGCACAGGACGGUCGAUGGAUCCCUGCACAAGUUUGCCACAGUCAUCAUUGAACAGGGGCAUCUGCCAGGGGCAGCCGCUCUGGCUUGGCACCAUGCCCGUAAGCUAUUGCUGGGGGUCCCAAACGUGGGGGUCGCCUAUGUGUCCAAGCCGACGGGGGCCGCGUGGGGGGCUGUUGCUGAGCUGGCGAAUCGGAUGGGAGGGGCGAAUCCUGGAGGCAACUCUGAACAGACAGGGGGAAAGCCCAGUCCUCAUGAAGCAGUCGGUGUGAAGUCCACAGAAUUUGGUGGGGCUUUGACUGGCGCAAUAAGACGCGAUGGUGGGGUGGGAGGAGGGCGACGAGAUGAGGGGAAGGUGUUGAGAAGUGGGGAAGUGCUCAGGGCAGAUAGAAGACGAAGCGGGGGGCCCAUUCUGUUUGAUGACAAGACAUGGCAGUGGCAUGUGAGGGCGGGGUCGGAGAGGAAAGGGUUUGGGCGAGCGGAACGGAGCCAGAAAGCUGUGAUCUACCAUGCGACUGAGUAUCCGCGGGGUGGGGUGCGUAGCAGAAGCAGCAACUCUGUGUUGCACGCAGAAGGGAGGGGGGGGGGAAAGAGCGGCGAGGAGGCGACAGGUGGCGUCCUCCCGUUGGUCGGUUGCACUGCUAGCAGCUGGGCUUACGACGGCGACGACGAUGGUCGAGGAGGGGGGGCAGGGCAGAAGAAAGCUGAAACGACAAGCGGGGAGAAUAAGACGGCGGCUACUUUUGGAGGGAUGGCCAGCGCCCCCCAGAGCUACAUUGAGCUGCCGUCGCUGGUCCCGGGGGUAGUUUCCAGAGGCAAACCAGGGGGGGGACCGUGGAUGCGGCUGAUUUACCCCCGGGAGCAACAGGACGUCGUGUUCGACCACUGGGAUAAGAUUGGGUUCGAGUCGGCGAUCAGUCACACUGAGGCGGAGGAAGACUCGGAGGGGCCUGAUGUCAGAGUCCAGAUCUCCAUAGCAGAACAUGGGGAUGGGGAGGAUUCUUGUGUGGGCAUGGGCGACGACGAGAGCUCGUUCGACGACUACUACGAAGACGAGAGCUCUGGAAAUGAGUUCGGCCAGUCCGAGCGAGACGUCGACGAGCUAGCGGACGCAAUGCACGUGCGGGCGCAAAUGUGGCAGUUUGACUCCGAUUCCAGUGACGAUGAAUCGGAUCAGAGCGGAUCGGAAAGCGGAGAAGAAGAGAGGGUGGGCUAUGAGGAAGGGGAGUACCCUACGCUGAAGCUGCCGCUGCCAGCGUAUGAGGACGGCCACGGGUUCAAAGGGAUCAUGGACGGGAAGACGGUGCUGCUGGAGAAGGGGCUCGCGGAGGGCGUUGCGUACAAACUGCAGUUCUUUGAAGUUCUGCAAAACUUCCUGGCGUGGCGGCAGAAGUCGGAUCCUGCCUCGAUCGACCACUUUGCGGACGAGUGGCAGUGCCUGAUCGACCAUCUGCAAACCGAAGUCCAGGAACUGCACAGCCUGCAGAUGGAAGCGUGCGAGAACCGGGACACCGCCGAACGCCGCGUCUUCUUCCGCUUCGCCUACACCGACCCGGAAGGGAUCCCCUCCGACGGCAUCUUUUUCCUCACCGACGAGCUGCUCCCGCCCGACACCGACUAUGACGUCAGCGACACGCCCCGGGUGAUCCCCCUGGACCCGGGUGACACUCUGAUACGCCACGUGCUCGAGUCUUUCAGGCCCGAUGGCGAUUUUCCCGAGGCAAACCACCUAGCGCCGGGUUACCGGUUCAUCAAGCGGCCAACAAUGGAAGGGAAGUCUAGAAGUUCCGGCGCAGGAGAGAGCGCGGGGGCUGGGCCGGGGGAAGCUGUAGACGACCCGCCGUUCCGGUUGACGUUCGUGGCAGGGGCCAUGCCUGGAGUGAAGGUGGAGGCGUUUCACAGCACGCGAGCGGCGCUGCCGAACCUGGAGAACCUGGAGCAGAUGCUGCUGAGGAGCCAGCCGCACUUUCUGCUUUUCGGGCAACCGGGAUUUGACCACAGCGCCUUCCGCGAGCGGCUGACAAGUCUCUUUCCUGAGGGGGCCAAAGCGGGCGUGUUUUCUACCCCCACCUCCGUGCUGUCCGCUGCAGGGGGAUCCGUCAUGAACGACGGCCCAUUGCAAUCGCAGCUCUACUACGGCGACCAAAGAGCUUCGAAAGGAGUCUGCGGUCUUGCGCUCUACUCAGAAGGAGACGGUGUGAUCCCUGUUGACGCCUUUGCCGCAUUCCUCAAGGAUGCAAUCGGCGCACCCCGCUUCGCCGGCACCUGUGUCUUUGAUGACGUCAUCAGCCGCGAGCUCUUUCGUCCGGCCAAGCCGGACGCGUCGCGCGCCGAGCGCCGGCGCACCCUCCACCGCUCCGACGAAAAGCUGGAGUCGCUCGAAUCCCUCUUCCGCUGGUGGCGCUCGAAACUCAAGGGCCCCAUAAACGCCCGCGCCGCGCCAAACAGCACCCGCAGAGCGAGCACCAGCGCGCCCAACAGGGCCUCGGAGGAGAAAACGCUCUGGAGAAGCCCGGAAAACCCGGAAGAGAUCCUGGACGCACUCCAGGUCACGAACAAGUACAUCGAGCUGCGGAAGGCGUCGCUAGAGCGGCGGUUCGGGCGGCUGGUUUCGGAAAGGGGGGGUAUGGAGGGCCGGGAGGGGACCCCCUGGAAACGGGACCCGCGGUUGGCGCCUGGAAUGGUGGCGAAGCUGCCGCUGUUUCUGGUGUACCCGCCACCGUGCCCUGGGGAGACGAUUGAACGGUUCAUAUUCGAGCCGCGGUACCGAUUGCUGGCUAGACACUGUGUCGAGGAAGGCAGCCCGCUCGGCGUGUGCUCCCUAGACCCCGAUCCCGCCACGGGCCAGAUCGUCGGAACUGCCGCGUCCAUUGACGUUAUUGAGUACGACGAGGCCUUUCGGUCGAAUGUAGAGUUGCACGGGCUGCAGCGGUUUCGCCUUAAAACGCCCAGGAUAUGGGUGCCUCCGUCGAGUUUUGGCUUGUACGUUGCUGAGGUGGAGUUCUUUGACGACGAGCCAUGCACCAGCGACCGGGAGCGGGAAGAGCUCAUCGGGCUUGCGCGGCGGAGCAUAGCGCUCUUUCGACGGAGCUACCCUAAUGAGUGGCGACGAGACAAGGUCCUCUCUGCAGACGUCACCGACCCGGUUGCCGUGUCGUUCGCUCUGGCGGAGGCUCUUCCAACGCGGAACUACACGAAGCAGCGGUGGCUAGCCGGCACGUGCACACGUCAGCGGUUGCAGGAGCAGAUGCACAACAUGAAGGAGCGGAGCACGCAGACGAGCAGCAGGGCGGAGUCGUAUGACAUGGACGGAUGAGGCAAGCCUAUAAUAGGUGGUGGAACAAGUGUCGGUGUCAAAGAUGAAUUGACACCGAAACUUCAUUAGGAUCUCAUAAAAUGAAGGGAUCGAACGGACUGAUGGUCUGACCGUCUUCUGAAUAUUCCAUUCCUGCCUCAACGCCUUUCCCGCAAUGGUCAUGUGUGAGAGUCUGAUAUGCGUUAGACGUCGUUGGUGGAUGAGAAUGAAGCAGAUUAAGCUGAUGGAGAAGGCGACGUCAAGGGCUAAAAAACAUUGCGUCGGAUUCGGCGCCACUUUUAAAGAACAGCUACCCCGAUGGAUGACGACUAAGCUUGGAAGGAUGACCUUCCCUCCCAAACCGGAGACUGGGC